AGCGAUCACUUGAUCCUAACAGACAAGACCAUGGAGUCCGAAGCGUUUUGUAAAUUUGCUCAAGUUGCCUCAACUACAGGAGCAGAUGUAUUGCAAUUUGAAAACUGUAAUCUGACAAGAGAAAAACUGAAUGCAUUUGCACAAGGAGCCACUGAUUUCGGCUUGAAAAUCCAGCAACUUUUCUUGGACGAAGAAAACUUCAAACCAUCUCAUGCUAUCAUCAAAAAUCUAUGUCAACUGUUUAGUACAGUAGAGGAAUCUAUUGACCUUGAUGGUUGGGAAAUUGACCAACAAGGUAUUGAUGCCCUACAAUCGGAUUUGAUAAUGUUAAACAAAAAACUAAAAAUUCGCAUCAACGAUGUUUAUCUACAAGUAUCCACCGAUCAGCACAGCUAUUCACGAAUCCAAAGUAUAAAAAACUCAAUUAGACGUAUCUUCAGAAGAAAAAGAAGAUAAGAAUAAAAUAGGGAUGGUGUCAUAGAUAGGUGGUGUUACAAAUAUGACUGACAAAUUUUAUUGAUUAUUGGGUACAAAGCAAGAAAUUGUUGGGUUCAAGAUAUAUUAGUCAUAUUUUAAUUUUGAUUUGUGGCUUACUGUCGUGGCUUUAUGAUUUGUGGUAUUACUUGU